CCCGCACGCCAUUCCGCGCUUAAGUUUCACGUUGUUCCUCCGGAGGAUGCCCUCAUCGGCGGAAAGUCCUAGGGUGGUCCCACCUCCCCGGCAGCACCACCAUCCUGCUCCUGCUCCACCUCCUCUGGCCCAGGUGGAAUGUCCUCAAAAUGGCCCCAAUGGCACUUCGACGGCCACCAUUUGCAGCUUCCACUCGGCGCUGAACGGACGACACGUGGCCACCAACGGAACUGGGUCCAAACCGCCGAUGUCGAUAAUCAAAUUCUUGGAACUGUGCCUCACCAUCGCCUGCACCGUCCUGCACUACUACAGCUUCGACGAUGGUGACCUGGUGACCGGAUUCCUGUCCACCGGAACGUUCUGCGGGUACAUCGUUAUCCUGACCACGGUCAUGGUGGGCUACCUCAUGAAGGCCCACGUCCACCGGCGGUUGAACCUGUUCUACAGUCUGCUCGGCUGCGCGCUCUUUCUAACCUCGGGCGUGUUCAUCAUCGAAGCCUGGGAGCACGCAUUUCGGACGCGCACGCGGGACCUGGCCAUCACCAAGGGCUCGAUUGCCAUCAUCAACGGGGUUAUAUUUCUGAUGGACACCAUUUUUACUUUUCGCGAGAGGAAGUAAGGUGU